AUGAAAGUAAGUAAACCCUACAGCCACACCCAGACCUCACCCAUUUUCCUGUUUGUUAUCUUUCUAUAUAUUGAAAAGCACUUCUCCAUAACUCCAUAAAGCAGAAGCCCAACACUCACGUACUUCUCUCACUUCUAGAGAGAGAGAGUUUUAGGGAGAGACAGAAACUAUUGUUGAGUUGAAGAGGCCAGACGAAACAACAUGCUCUGAUUUAACGCACUUUUCUGAGAGAUUCAGCCCAUUCCAAACACACCGUUAACCGCUCUCUCUCUCCUCACUUGCAUCACAUUCUCCGCGACUAUAAGUAUCAGGAGACUUGGAGAGAAAGAAACCGAUACGGAUGUCGUCUCGCGUGGCGGACAAUCAGAUAUCGCCGUUUUUCACUUCCAUGGAGCUAGACGACUUCCCACGCGCCACCCACGGCGCUUCGCCCUCGCUCGGCCAGCUACUGAAGCAUGUUGGUGAUGUACGCAAGGAGGCCACCGGCGACGGCGGCGAGACUCCGGCACACCAUGCACUCGGCAUCUCCGACGCCAGCCUCGAGCCUCGCUCCUUGCCAUUCGUCCUCUCCUUUAACAACCUGACCUACAGUGUCAAGGUCCGCCGUAAGUUCAGCUUGUCCGGGAUGUUAUCCGGCUGCAAUAACCGACUCGGCGCCGCCACGGCUUCCGACCCCAUCAGCGGCGGAGAGAGUGUUUUCUCCCAGACGAGGACGCUGCUCAAUGACAUCUCGGGAGAAGCGCGCGAGGGCGAGAUUCUUGCUGUUCUCGGCGCGAGCGGGUCGGGUAAAUCCACCUUGAUCGACGCCUUGGCGAAUCGGAUAGCGAAGGGAAGCUUGAAAGGCGCCGUUAGCUUAAACGGCGAGGUUCUUGAAUCUCGGCUCCUGAAGGUGAUUUCCGCUUACGUCAUGCAGGACGACCUCCUCUUCCCGAUGCUCACAGUCGAAGAGACACUCAUGUUCGCCGCCGAGUUCCGCCUCCCCCGCGCGCUGUCAAAAUCUAAGAAGAAGUCCCGCGUCCAGGCGUUGAUCGACCAGCUCGGCAUCCGGAACGCCGCGAAGACGAUCAUCGGUGACGAAGGCCACCGCGGAGUCUCCGGCGGGGAGCGACGCCGCGUUUCGAUCGGAAUCGACAUCAUCCACGACCCAAUCAUCCUCUUCCUCGACGAGCCGACCUCCGGCCUCGACUCCACCAGCGCAUUCAUGGUGGUGAAAGUCCUCCAGCGAAUCGCUCAGAGCGGGAGCAUUGUCGUGAUGUCCGUACACCAGCCGAGUUUCCGGAUCCUCGGACUCCUGGACCGGUUACUCUUCCUGACCCGGGGUCAAACCGUUUACAGUGGUUCCCCCGCCAACUUACCUUCCUACUUUGCUGAGUUCGGGUACCCGAUACCCGAGUCCGAGAACCGGACCGAGUUCGCCCUCGACGUAAUCCGAGAACUCGAAGGCUCGCCCGGCGGGACCAAGAGCCUGGUGGAGUUCAACAGAACCUGGCAGAGCAAGAAGCACUCCAACCCUAACGACGCGUCGUACAGAGGAGCCUCCGACGCGCGACAUGUCGUUCCUCUCCAGGAGGCGAUAAGUGCGAGCAUUUCUCGCGGGAAGUUGGUAUCCGGAGCCACUAACAACAACCCGAGCCCGAACUCUAUGGUUCCCACAUUCGCGAACCCGAUCUGGGUCGAGAUGGCGGUGCUUGCCAACCGUUCAAUGAAAAACGCCAGAAGAAUGCCGGAGCUCUUCGGUAUCCGGCUCGGCACCGUCAUGGUCACCGGAUUCAUCCUCGCCACGAUGUUCUGGAACCUCGACGACUCCCCGAAAGGCGUACAAGAACGCCUCGGAUUCAUCGCCUUCGCCAUGUCCACAACCUUCUACACCUGCGCCGACGCCCUCCCCAUCUUCCUCCAGGAACGCUACAUCUUCAUGCGCGAAACCGCCUACAACGCCUACCGCCGGUCCUCCUACGUGUUAUCGAAUUCUCUGGUGGUGCUGCCUUCGCUGGUUUUUCUCUCGAUCGCGUUCUCAGUGACGACGUUUUGGGCGGUGGGACUCGACGGCGGACUGUCCGGGUUUCUGUUCUACUUUCUGAUAAUAUUCGCGUCGUUUUGGGCGGGGAGUUCGUUCGUGACAUUUCUCUCCGGGGUGGUCCCACAAGUGAUGCUCGGGUACACAAUCGUAGUGGCGAUACUCGCCUACUUCCUCCUCUUCAGCGGCUUCUUCAUCACGCGCAAUAGAAUCCCGGCGUACUGGAUUUGGUUCCACUACUUGUCGUUGGUGAAGUAUCCCUACGAGGGGGUGUUGCAGAACGAGUUUCAGAACACCGCGAAAUGCUUCGUUCGCGGGAUACAGAUCUUCGACAACACGCCGCUGGGGACGGUGCCGGACGCGAUGAAGCUGAAGCUGCUGGAUAGCAUGAGCGAGACGCUGGGGAUGCGGAUCACGCGGUCCACGUGUCUGACGACGGGGGCGGAUAUUUUGGAGCAGCAGGGAGUGACGGACUUGAGCAAGUGGAACUGCCUGUGGGUGACGGUGGCUUGGGGGUUUCUGUUCAGGAUUCUGUUUUACUUUGCCUUGUUGCUUGGGAGCAAGAACAAGAGGCGGUAAAAAAAAAAAAAAAAAAAAAAAAAAAAAAAAGAAGAUAAAAAUAAGCCCUGGUUAUUUGGCGGGAGAGAGGACGAUGUGUCAAAUGUUAUUUUAUUUUAUUUUAUUUACCUUUUUUAUUUUACUUUAGGGUUUUCCAAAUACUAUAUCGGAAAUUUGAAUUACGUUGAUUUGGAAGGGCAAGUCUUCAUUUUGUUGGUGUUUCAUGCAGAUUGUACAACUGUUACAUAUGAUAUAUACUAAUCGCGAGAAUUAAAAU